AUGGAGUCCAACAUAUCGAAUUUAUUCUACAUCAGCCUACUGGCGAGCUUAAUGCCACAACACACACAAAGCGGCAACAGCGACGUUGGUGAACCGCCUGGUGGACGUGAACACAUCAGCUCCAGUUUGGCUAUGGCACGCGCACGCGCAUUAGCAAAUAUUCAAGAACAGCUGCUGCCUAAUUUGAAUCUCUUUCAAUUGGAGCCCAAUGAGUUCUUUAGUCGCGUAAAUGGCGCUAUCUUCAACAUGACCUUCAACGAGACCUACGAAGAUGAGUUGGUAUGUCACAAUGGACAAAAUGCCAUUGCCAAUCUUAUUACAAUGAUACUCUAUGCUAUCGUUUGCAUCAUUGGACUCUUCGGUAAUACGCUCGUUAUCUAUGUAGUUUUGCGUUUUUCGAAAAUGCAAACAGUCACCAACAUUUACAUACUCAAUCUGGCUAUAGCUGAUGAGUGCUUCCUCAUUGGCAUACCAAUUUUAUUGUAUACCAUGCAAGUUGGCAGCUGGCAGUUCGGCGAUUACGUUUGCAAAGCUUACAUGGUGAGCACAUCGAUUACACAAUUCACAUCGUCGAUCUUCUUGUUGAUCAUGUCAGCGGAUCGCUAUAUAGCCGUCUGUCAUCCAAUUUCAUCGCCACGCUAUCGCACACCAUUCGUAUCGGAGCUGGUCUCGGGUUUUGCUUGGCUGACGUCGGUGCUACUUAUGUUGCCCGUGAUACUAUUUGCCAACACAGUGCAAUUGAAUGAGGAUCACGUGUCGUGCAACAUCAAGUGGCCCGAAGCACAAAAUACACAAUCGGGUACCACAUUUAUACUGUACACACUGACAUUGGGCUUUGCCACACCGCUUACCUUCAUUCUAAUCUUCUAUUUUCUGGUCAUACGCAAAUUGCAUACAGUGGGUCCAAAGCAAAAGUCCAAAGAGAAGAAGCGCUCUCACCGCAAGGUGACCAAACUGGUUCUAACAGUGAUUACAGUAUACAUACUGUGUUGGCUACCCUAUUGGAUAUCACAGGUGGCGCUCAUCAAUUCGUCGCCAAGCAAAUGCGCAUCGAGACUUGAGAUCACCAUCUUCCUGCUGGCCGGCUGUCUAGGCUACUCGAAUUCCGCAAUGAAUCCCAUACUCUACGCCUUUUUGAGUGACAAUUUCAAGAAGAGUUUCCUGAAGGCAUGCACUUGCGCCGCCCGCAAGGACGUCAAUGCGCAACUACAACUGGAAAAUAGUUUCUUCCCCAAAUUUGGCAAAAAUCGUCAAUCGGAUCGAUUGUUCUCGCCAAAGAAGGCAAAACAAAAGCAGAAGGCGCUUGUGACGCGCAAUCAUAAUGCAACCAAUGCGAAGAAUACUGCUGCAGCGGCGACGACAACAACUACCGGCACUACAACGACAACUGGCACUAGCGUUUCUGCGAACCAGUUUAUUGUUAGCCCUGAUCCACAGUCAAACUUUUUGCCGCCGGUGCAUGCGCCCGUCAUCACACACAACUCGGUUGGCAGCGUUGUGAUGGGCACAAAUGCCACAAUGCUUUUGUUGCCUGACAUAUCAUCCACAGGAGUUAAGUUGGGACAGAUGACAGCUGAUGAGCGGUCUACGCAACCAGAUGUUGUUGAGAUUAAUAGUAAAAUGCCAGUAUUGCACACAGAUUUAUAAGACUUGGCUAUGGGUGGUCGCACGCCAGUAGAGACGAUCGUCUAUGUGGCAAGGAGGUGAGUGUCAGCAAAAGCGGUUGGCAGCGAGAAAUUGAUAUGAGAUACAUGUGUCAAGAAAAACGUAGGGGCAGCAAGAGAGAUUGGAUGUAAGAACGGUAUGGCCGCGUUAGUUUUAGGGCUGGGCAAGUAAAGAAUAAUUGAGAUAUGUUUGGAGGUCAUAGAAGCUUAGAAAAUCUUACAAAAAAUAAUUGGAAAUAAAGGAUUUUUAGCUAUUGGUAGAGUGAAAACGAUAACUGAAAACAAGGCAUUGCGAAAAGCCCAUAAAAACAAGAAAAAUGUAAAGUCUAGUAAUUGAAUUUUUUUACUGAGUGAAUCUGAAAAAAGUAAAAAAAAUUACUACACUGUGUAGGAGUAAAAUUAGAUCAUUAGGGUGUGUAUAGGGAGAGCACACACUAUCGAUAGUAGUUACCAAAUGUUCACACAUACUUCAAAAUAGGGUUGAAAGUUUUAUCCAACACUUUUAGAAUAUAACAGAAAAUGGUUUGGUUUUAGAGCUUUUGGAAGACUGAAAGUGGAAACUGGACUAGAAAUAUUAGCA